AUGAAGUUCAAGGCCACCGUGCGUGACCAGCGCGCCUUCGCCGGCGUGUGUCAGGCGGUCCGCAGCGUCCAGCGGCGGUGCGUGGUCAAACUGCACCCCUCGCGCGUCCGCCUCUUCACGGGCACGCAGGCUGCGGACGACGUGCAGGUGUGGGCCAGCUGCCGCACGCAGGCGAUCUUCGGCGAGUUCCAGUCCCAGUCGCAGCAGCCGGAGAGCGCCAUCUUCUGCGAGGUGGCGGAUCUCUCGCAGCUGCUGCACGUCAUGCGCCAGGCGGAGCGCUGCCCAAAUGUCACCAUCAAACUGACGAAAAAUGCGGCGAGGCGGCCGGCACUGCGUGUCUCGAUGCAGGGCGCCCGCCCACAUCUUGACAUCAGCUACGACGUGCCGGUGCGGGUGCUGAGCGAGUCGGAGGUGCGGAGCAUCAGCGCCGCGCCGCUCGAGAGCGACGUCGUGCAACUCGUUCUGCCGAGCCUGACGGAGCUAUCGAUGUUCGUCGAGAAGGUCCGCUCCACCUCGUGCGAGCGCAUGACGCUCACGGCGCGGGGCAACCAACGGGCGGACGGCGCCGCUGCCGCCUCCUGCACUCUCGUGGUUGUGGCCGAAUGCUUUCUCGCCAGCUUCGCGCUAAAAUACAACUCCGCGCGGCUGUGCGAGCGCGGGGGCGACGGCGACGAGGAGGACGACAACAGCGGCGGCGGUGGCCCUGACGGCCGCGACGACGCGGCGAUGGUGCAGGCCUCGGUGACGGUGGAGGUGAAACGCUUUGCGCGGCUUCUUGGGAUCAAGGAGGUGACGCCCGUCCAGGUGGUGCUGCACCUUGUGGAGGGGCGGGCGGUUGUGCUAAGCCUCUCCGCGUCCUGCGGCACAACGCUGGUUGGCUACAUGCCUGCCGUGGCGCAAUGA